UUCAGCACCGAGCUCAGUGUGGAGGGAGAGCUGAGUGAGGAGGGACGUUGCUGCUCGGCCCAAGUGGAUACAAGCCAAGAUGUUCUUCCUUCUCGAAAAACCCUCCUUCUAAAACGGUUCUUUUUUCAAGCUGGGAACAUAAGUAAGGCUCGUGAAUCUACCGCGAGGUGACCAGCCGAGACAGAUGAGUCCGUGGUCUCUCUGAGUCCUGUGGUAACCUCUGCCUUUGUUCGUGACAUCUGUCCUUCACCUCCAGGAUGGAUCAUUUAGAGAAGGAGCACAGGUCGGACGAGGAGGCUGAAUAUGAAGAGGAGGAGGUGGACCCCAGAAUCCAGGGGGAGCUGGAGAAACUCAACCAGUCCACAGACGACAUCAACAGAUGUGAGACGGAGCUGGAGGACGCAAGGCAGAAGUUUCGCUCGGUUCUGGUUGAGGCCACGGUGAAGCUGGACGAACUGGUGAAGAAGAUCGGCAAGGCUGUGGAGGAGUCCAAGCCUUACUGGGAGGCCCGAAGGUUGGCCAGACAGGCCCAGCUGGAGGCCCAGAAGGCCACCCAGGACUUCCAGAGAGCCACAGAGGUCCUCCGGGCUGCGAAGGAGACCAUCUCCCUGGCUGAGCAGAGGCUCCUGGAGGAGGACAACCGGCAGUUCGACUCCGCCUGGCAGGAGAUGCUGAACCACGCCACCCAGCGGGUGAUGGAGGCGGAGCACACAAAAACGAAAAGCGAACUGGUGCACAAGGAGACGGCGGCCAAAUAUACAGCAGCAAACAGCCGCAUGAAGCAGCUGGAGAAAAAACUGAAACGCACCAUCAACAAGUCCAAGCCCUACUUUGAGAUGAAGGCGAAGUACUAUCUGCAGCUGGAGAACCUGAAGAAAAUCGUGGACGAGCGGCAGGCCAAGCUGUCUCAAGCCAAAGGGGAUUAUAAGACGGCCCUUAGGAACCUGGAGAUGAUUUCAGACGAGAUCCAUGAGCGCAGACGGAGCUCUGCCAUGGGCCCCCGGGGGCGCGGCGUGGGCGCAGAGGGUGAUAGUGUUUCUGGGGACGACAUCUCCAGCUUUAAGUUGGAGUCGGACGAAAUAUCCAUGGCGUCCGUGUGUUUCGACGACGAGCCUUGUGGCGGCGGCAGCAGCGUCAUGUCAGAGGAAGACUCAGAGACUCACUCCACCUGCAGCCUUGGUUCGUCUCCCAGCAGCCCUCAGGAGCUCCUGUCGCCUUGCCCCUUCACCAGCUCCUCCUCCUCCUCCUGCACGUCCUCCUCUGCCUCUCCGUCACCGACUCCCUCCUCCUCCUCCUCCCCGGCUCCUCUGUCCAGGCCCAGCAGUCUGGACCUUCCCAGCACCGUGUCGCUGUCAGACUUCGGCCUCAUCUCGCCGGUGCUCGGGCCUCGCAGCGAAUGCAGCGGAGCUUCCUCACCAGAGUGCGACCUGGAGAGAGGUGACCGUGCAGAAGGUGCAGAGGGGGAUCUUGACAACGCUCCAGCCGCCACCAACACCACCACCACGACCACCACCAACAACAACAGCAGCUCCACUUCCAGCACCAAGAAGAGCUUCAGCCUGGAAGCACGCUUCAGCUUUCUGAACCUGCGCCGCCCGCGUCCUGAAACCGCCAAAAACACAGGCUGCUCCCAGAAGGCGGAGGCCGGGCAGACUGUGGUCUUGGUCAAAGGAGUUUGAGGACCAAAAAGAGAAUUUGUUGGAGAGACUUUGGCUCUGCCUUGACCCAUCCUCACCCAGCCUCUCUGAUACUGCAGUUACCUGCCACAACUGCACUCAUUUCCAAACUGUGGUCAAAGAGAGACUUUGAAUGUCAUAGUUGGUGUAUACAAAGUGUGGUUACUCCAUUUCCUUUAUGAAGGACAUUGCACCUUUUGGACUCAUGCCUGAGAUAUAGAGAGCACUGCUAUGUGUUGGUGUAGGGUGAUAAAAGGAAGGUUGAAAUGUGUCGUUUUCCACUAAAAGCUGAAAAUGCUUCUGUCACAAAAGCAGAAGAACGCCAGCUGCCUGCAUUCAACCUUUGACUUGGGGAUCAUCUUAAAAUGACUUGGGGAUCAUUUUAUCUAUUUAAUACUUGUUCAUCAAAAUAACAUUUAUUAUGCUGUAAACCAUGCACAGGUGAUGUUCUGCUUACUUCAACAGUUAAGGAAAUUAAAGUCACGUGUGGAGAUGUACUAAAUAACUAGUCUCUUUACCUUCUGACAUACGCUCCUGUAUUCGAUAAAUGACUGUUGUAUUUUCUGUAAGUUCGGUGAGUAAAGAGUUUAGGUUUAGGCACAUGGACGUUCCAAAUGUUGAAAAUCCAUUUAUAUUCCACAGAAGUUAAUUAAACUAAGCUUGAACUCUUUUAGCAUAGUUUUUGCAACCGAGAUGAUUGUUUUAAAUUAACAUCUUUCUGGUGCACAUCCAGCAAAGUUACUGAUAUUUAAAGACAAAAAGUGUCCUUUCAAUGCUAUAGCCAUCGCAUUGCAGAUAAAAGUAUACAUAGCUGCGUGUGAUAACUUCAUACUAAGCUCAAGUGUUUCACUGCCCUCUGUGGUUUAAAGCGAGACAAUGUAACGUUAGAAAGAAGACAUUAACGUCUCUCUUAAAAUAAAAAGUGAAAUUCUUAAUAAAACACUGGUUGAAUUCAAUACAGAUAUUUUGCUGCUACAGCUGUACUUUGUCUGUUAUGACGAGUUGCUUAAGGUGGCGUUCACUGACUUUCCAGUUAUGUUUUAUUCUGUCACAAAUACACAUUUCAGUGGAGUAAACGCACCAGGGAAUUGAAUGUGAUGACAUCAUGGCCGCUGUUCAGCAAAGGCUACAUUGGCUCGUUUUACAGCCUCGAGUUUGUUGCACCUGCAACCACACCCAGCAGUGAUGUCAUAGUGUACUGACAUACCCUACAGUACACGUCUACAUCACCGCGAGGUCAGCAAAACCAGGGUAUCCAGCUGCAGAUAAGUUGUUCUUUGGGUCGUAAAGGUGCAUUUUUAGCAAAAACAAAGACAAGCUGGUUGCUUCAGUUUAAAAAUGUUAUUUAUGUUUCUCACAUUGGAAUAAAUUCUAAUUAUUUUUUUCAUGGUUGUAAACUGUAAAUUUAAUUCUCAUGUACUGGUGAUUGUAUUAUUAAUGUAACAGCAAAAUUCUUUCUUUCCCCAACGGACUGCUGUUACACUCUUUACCAUUACAAUUAUACAAUAUAAAACUGCUGAAAUAGCAUUUAAUGUUUAAAGCGUAUUUGCCAAGCUGUAUAAUUAACUGGUGACAAUUUAAAACAAUCUUUUUGGCAAAAACAUGGCCAAGGGUGAAAAUUGUAGCUCCAUUGUAAGCCCAGGCACAAUCUCCAUCUAACUGAACAACCUUAGAACUGAAGUGUAAAACUGGAUGACCGUUACAGAUCAAAGAAAUGUCUUCGGACACUGAGACCGUAUGUUCAACCACUCCUCCUCAUGGUGCGUCCCCCGGGGCUCCUACAUUUUCCUACAAAGUCCUUGCACCUAAAAGCAAUUGGCAAUCUUGAAAGACAAAGCAAUACGGAAACUCAAAGCUGAUGAUACCCAGAGCAACUUUUAGAGCAAUGGUGCUGGGCAAUGUUGGCGUCAAUGGUAAUGAGCAAAAAUUACUACCGCAAUAACAUGUUAAACCUGUUAAUCUGUUCAAAACAUAGUAAGACUUGCCACUAGCAAGAUUGCUCAAAAAGUUGCCCCAUGUUUCAUCAGCUCAGCUCUCGGACUUUACGCUACAUCCUGUGAUGGUAACAAAGUAAAUCCAGGAGUUUUUGGACAUGAAAUAACAAAGAAUGCAGUUUUCUGAAUGUGAAUAGAAAAUCAGAUGGUCGUUGAAGAUUUUUACAUGCCACAUUAUGAGAGAAGUUGCUGGUUGCUUCAGACUUUUAGUAUUACUCGGUGAAACCCUUAAACAACUGGCUAGGAGGUAUUUAAUUUGUUUAAGUGAUAAAUAAUCUUAGGUUUCUUUAAGGAGCAAAAGGAAUAAAGCGGGACAUAUUAGGAUGUUCCCUUAUAUUUGUAAAUUAUGCGCUUAAAUUAGAAAAAAUUCCCUCAAAGUGCCCCAAAAAAAAA